UUCUAUUUUGAAGAAACUGUGCCACCUUUAAAUAUUUGAGAAAGGAAUUUCCUCUUCUAAAUUUUAAAGCUUUCAUGAAAGGUCAUGAACAUACAUUAGUGAAAACUCCUUCAAAAUCAUGUACAAAUAAUAAUGAAUGCAUUGGAUCACACAUAAAUCCCAAUAAUUCUACAAAAGCCUAUAACACUGAAUUUAUUGAACUAACCAGGAUUAUCUGGACAGGAAUUGGGACAGUUGGUUCAGUAAUUACAAUAUGCAGCAUGUUAACUGCUAUAUUGAUAUAUACAGUAUAUCCAUGUUUACGAAAUUUCAGAUUUAGAAUACAUCUUCAUUUAUUCUUCGCAUUACUACUGGAAUCUAUUGCACAGCUUAUAUUGUCUUAUCUUUUGUUAAGUAAAGUUAAUCAAAUAAAUGUGAAUAAUGUUGAAAAUGAAACAAUACAUCAACCAUUUUCAAGUUCAAAAGAGAUGAUGUACAGUUCCAAUUCACAAUCAACAUAUAUAAUUAUACAGAAUACUAUGAUAAUUAUCUGGGAAUUAUGUCAAACUUGUGUUUUCACAUGGACAUUUAUCGAAGGAAUUCAUAUACACGAAUUAAUUGUCGUUUCAGUAUUUCAACCGUCAGUGAAUAUGUAUCCUUUGAUGAUUGCAGCAUGGGUUGUACCUAUUUUCAUAACAGGACUGUGGCUAAGUGCAUGGCUAUAUACAAAUAAAAUAGACGUAAGCUGGUCAUUUUAUACAUUUCAUUCAACUUACUGGAUUUUGAAUAGUUUCAGAUUAAUUUUACUAUCGACGAAUAUGGCUUUCCUUUUCAAUGUAAUCCGAGUUCUUGUUCGAAGACUUCAGACAAACUAUGCACCGGAAAUUCUGAAAUUAAAAAAGGCUGUAAAAGCUGCUAUCCUUUUAAUGCCGUUAUUAGGAAUUACUAAUUUUAUUGUACUUUUACCAGAACCUAAACAUCCUUUGGGAUUUUUUAUUGUUUCUGGAAUACGCCGAGUGCUGCCAACGUGGCAAGGAUUUAUUAUAUCUAUGAUAUAUUAUUUUAUGAAUAAAGAUGUUCAGAAAUGCAUACACAUGUCAAUCCGAAGAUUCAAAUCAAAAUAUCAACUAGAACAUCAUCGUUUUACUUCAUCUUCUCUACCCAUAACAACUAUACCAACAACAAAUUCCACAUAA